UGACGUCACUAGAUAUGUUAAUUAGCCGGAUGAGCAGGUUAUCUUGUGGGGUUCACUUGGCAAUUAGGACUACUCGUCUGACAGAGGCCUCGCCGGGCAGACACGUGAAAACUACAGGGUCGCACCAAACAUGGCGAACGGGAACGCGAACGGUUCCGGGCCGCCAUCUUCCCGUCCGGACAUCAUCAUCAAGCGGGAUGAUGAUGAUGACGAUGAAGAGAUCCUGUGCGGGAUCGGCCCCUGCAAGCCACGGUGGGCCGCCCGUCUAGCCAACUCUAAGAUGUUCGUGGUCUCCUGGUGCAUCGCCAUCUUCUCCAACAUCCUCAUCAGUGCCUAUCUGCUGGGGAUCCUCACAAGCUUGGAAAAGAGGUUUGGGUUACAGAGUAAGGACCUAGGUAUGAUCGCUAGUGCUGCCGACAUCGGGAGUACUGUGACGGUCCUGUUUGUCACCUACUAUGGAGGAAAAGUGGGAGUGAACAGGCCGAGACUCAUCGGCACAGGUGUCCUACUUGUGGCCGUCGGUAGUUUCCUGUCUGGAAUGCCACACUUCGUCACUCCUGCGUACGAGGUGGACACAGAAAGCGUGCAGAACGCCACUCAGAAAUCAUUGGAUGUUUGUCAGGCCAAUCAAACCAUGGAGGACAGCUGUGACGCCAACGAAGCCAUCGAGUCAUCUAACAAGGGGGCCUGGUACGCAAUUCUGGUGAUUGCACAGAUGAUCAUGGGAGUAGGCUCUACUCCCAUUAUGGCCCUGGGAACGACCUACAUCGACGAUCACGUGAUGAAGAGCAGUGCACCGCUUUACAUCGGGACUUCGUACAUCGUGUUUGGUCUCGGCCCACCCCUUGGCUUCAUCCUAAGCGGCUACACAGUUCGGUACUACGUGGACUUCGACAAGGGCAUCGAUCCCCGCUUAUUCGGGCUGAGUCAGGACAACCCGCUGUGGGUGGGAGCGUGGUGGCUCGGGUAUUUCCUCGGGGGAGCGCUUCUCAUCUUCGCGGCUCUGCCCCUGUUCCUGUUCCCUGCCAUGUUGAAGGCACCACCAGAAGAAGACGAAACUGAGGUGUUGAACGCUAAGAAGAGGAUGAUACCUGGCAUGGGAGUAGAGGGACCACGCAAGCCGCUUCUUGAUCCCGCCAGGGGGCUCCUGGAGCAAAUCAAAGAGAUGGUCAAGAGUCUGAAGACGAUCCUGACCAACUGGACGUUCAUGUUGCUGGUGAUGACGGCUAUCUGCUCCGUGUCCACCAUUGGCGCCUUCUCCUUCAUGCCUAAGUACCUGGAGAUGCAGUUCGGCAUUCCCAAGUCCAAGGCCAACUUUCUGUUAGGUAUGAUCUCCCUGCCGUCUUCUGUUGUCGGUAUUCUUGGAUCUGGAAUCAUCAUCAAGAGGAUGAAACUGUCCCCCAAAGGAUGCAUGUACUUAUCCGCAAUCUCCAUAGUCAUCUCCAGCUCUUGCACAGUUCCUCUCAUGUUCAUCAGCUGUCCCCAGUCGCCGAUGGCCGGUGUGACUGUACCGUAUGGAUACAAUCCGAAUAAUCCAAACGAAGCAACAUCGCUACAAGGCCUACGCCUGAUCUCAUCCUGCAAUUCUGCCUGCAACUGUCCCCUCGACAAGUACAAGCCCGUGUGCGGAUCGGACGGCGUCACCUACUUCUCGGGCUGCCACGCAGGAUGCACCGAGGAGCAGGUCAUCAAGGGGCCCGGUAGAUUCAGCUUCUCGAAUUUUUCGAACUGCGGAUGCAUGUGGACCCAAGAAAAAGCUGCUCCCAGUAGACAGAAGAGACAGGUCAACGACUCGGCAACUCCAACAACAGCGUCAGCUUCAACAACACCAUCCGGAGACACAACAGAUGCUUUUACCGAAAAUCCCCCGCAAGCAACCGACACCAUGGAGGCUGGCACGAAAGAAGGAGCCGAGAACUUCGCCAUAUCGAAGCCCUGUCGACCACCUUGUGGGAAGUGGUCGACUUUUGUCGGCAUCUUUUUUGUAGCGGCGUUGUCGAGGUCGUUUGGCUUCAUUCCGGUCAUCAUAGGGACACUUAGAGCCCUGACGCCUGAAACCAAGUCCUUCGGCUUCGGUGUCCAACAGUUGGGGAUAAGACUUCUCGGGUUCAUCCCGUCACCCGUGUAUUUCGGCGCCUUAAUCGACGCGACCUGCACCCUGUGGUCCUCGGUCUGCGGCAAACGCGGCGCCUGCCUCCUCUACGACCUCCCGAACAACCGUUACGCCUUCAUCGGUGGACAGCUGGUCCUACGCGUCAUCAGCCUAUUCUGCAUUCUCUGCGCAGCCUACCGCUUCAAGAAGCAAGAAGAAAGGGAACCAAAACAAGAUGGCGCCACCUUGGGAGAGCUGGCAGUCUCCAUGGGGUCCCUGACGGCAUCCCAUCAUUCCCUGCGAGCUUCCCGGCAUUCCCUCGCGUCUUCCCGGCAUUCCCUUGACGUGAUUGCUGACACCAAUAUGAAGCCCAUGAUGCCCAGGGACACCGAAGACUUGCGCGCGGGAUUAUGGAAGAAACACGGCGAUGUCUAAGUAGAAUCGGAGUAGACAUUUCU